UGGAUGAAUGUAUGUCGCCGUGAAGUGAAUGUGGGUGUCGUGAUUUGGGUUUUUUCAAUCUUGAAGUAAAGAUUGGAUCUUUGGGUGAAAUUUUGAAGAUCUACUAAUAUGGAGUGUCUUCUGUCAUUUUUUUUAUUCUUAUUAUUUUUUUCUGAUACUGUUAUGUUCUACUCUUUAUUGACGGUUUUAUCUGAAGUAAUAGGUUAAUUGCAUGCUUAGAUGUGGAGUGAACAUUAUUAAGAAAGAGAGAGAAGUGGGAAGGAAUAUCAAAACUUAGGUGUUCUCUAUUCUUCUCAGUUAUAAAAAAAUUUAAUUCUGUAUUCUUAAGCCCGGGAAGAAUUAUAUGUUGUUGACGAAGAUAUGCUUUGUUGCUUACUGGUUUCAGUGCACUGUAAUAAUAUGGUACUUGACUAUAAUGGAUGCUGACAAUAUUAUAGCCAUUUCUGAGAAUGGGACAGACUUUGAAAAUGGUGUUCACCAACGGCUCCCGAUUUCUGGAGAAGGAAUUACUUCCAAGAAAGUACAUGCUAUUCCCAAUGGAAGCACAGAAGUCGAGGGAUUGAGCAAGAAUCUAGAAAACAAUCUGGAGUUGAAUGACGAUGUGACUCUAAACUCUUCUGUAGAAAGAACCAUGGACGAAUCUGCAACGCCACCAAAAGACGAUUCCGUCACCAUUUCCAAGGAACUUGGAGCUGAGGAGUCUAAGAGCUCUAAAUCACAGAAGGGCAUGGGCAAGGCCAAGAAUGGGAAGUCCAUAAGCAUCAUACUUGGGAAAGAUGUGGUCAAAUCUUCUGAUGGUUCAAAUGGUUCCGGCAAUCACAAGUCAUGUCCAAAACAGUUUUCUGCUCCUGGAACAAAAAGUAGGUCAAUUAAUGGAAGGCAAGCUGCUGACAACUCAAAAACAGCAUCUCCUCAAAGUCCUAUAGCUGGAGAUGUUAAACCCAAUAGAUUGGGUGUUCUUCCAAAAUAUACUUUCAGUUUUAAAUGUAAUGAGAGAGCUGAGAAAAGAAGAGAGUUCUAUUCAAAACUUGAGGAAAAGAUACAUGCACAGGAAGCGGAGAAGAGUAAUUUGCAGGCCAAAACUAAGGAAACACAGGAAGCUGAGAUUAAAAUUUUAAGGAAGAGUUUGAAUUUCAAAGCAACACCAAUGCCAAGCUUUUAUCAGGAACCUCCACCCCCAAAGCUGGAACUAAAGAAGAUACCUCCAACAAGAGCCAAAUCUCCCAACCUUGGUCGGAAAAAGAGUUCGUCUAUCACCGACUCUGAGGAAGAGAGUGUUUGCGCAGUUAGGCUAAGCUUGGGUGAGAAUUUGUCACAAAAUAAUCCUGACAAAGGACCACCUGUUGUUCAUGCUAAGAAGCCUCUACGUAAGUCUCUUCCUAAGUUGCCCUCCGAGAAAACCAGCUUUUCCAAUGAGAAAAGAAAAUCCACAUCUCGCAAGAUCGCUGUUUCCACAGACACAAGUGAAGCUGCAAAUGAUACACAAAUAGAGGAGGAAAGAAUAGGCGCCGAGCAAAUCUUGAGUCGGCCCAAUGGAGAUGAAGUGCUUGUUAAUGAAGCUCAAGAAGAGAAUGUGUGAGCGCUAUGUCAAUGGUGCCGAAAACUGAAUUUUUACCUCGUGAGGAGUCUUCAGUUACCGUCUUUGCGUAAAAUAUUAAGAAGUUCGAAUAAUAGAAUUCACCCAAAAAUACAGGCAUGAAAAGACAUUGUAUUAAGGUUAGCUUGUUUUUUCCCAUAGUCAGCAACAAGGUUUGGUUUUUGAAUAUGCGUUCUAAGCUUUACCAAGUGAGGUCAAUUUGUAACCCGAAGUUAUAACUAAUUAUGCUCGCCACCUGAUGUCAAAAAAUGGAAAAUUUUGGGGGAUUUCUGCCGUAAAAUUGUUGAAGAUCAAAGUAUUGGCUUUAGGUUUGAGCUUGUUUUGCUUUUGUAAGUCUGAGGUAAACAAAUGACAUCUUUUGUCAACUAAGGUGUAUUUUAUUUGUCCGAAUUGCUCUUUUUUCUUA